AUGUCAGCCAAUGGGCCGCUGACCAGCCUCCUCAGAAUAAAGGUCGUACAAACGCAUUACCGCUCCAGAAAAGCGGGUCAUCCCACUCCUAGCCCCGCCCCUCUACGCACACCUGUGUCGCGCAGCAGCGGCCGCACCUGCUCCCUGCCCGCGCCCAUAUCGCCUUCCACAACCCGGUCCUGCUCAGAGGACCCACACCUCUCUGCUCCCCCGCGCCUGUGCCUUCUUUUUUUUUUUUCGGCUGUCACGCUGGAGCUCCUGGCUUACCUGCAAGACCCGGAGCUCGUGGCCCGGUUCCAGAGACGAUGCGGGCUCUUCCUGGUCGAAGGCGCGCGUCAGAGCGGAGGGAGGUCACGCGCUCCAGCUGGGGACCCGGUCCCGGCUGACGGAGCACGUGAACAUCUGAGGGCGAGAUGCGGCCGCCAGGACAUGAAUUCAAACUUCAGACACAAGGAGGAUGGAUAUGCCGACGGUGGCUGCCACAGACCUCAGUACGAGGUGAGGAACUGGUUACUGCACUUCCUCUUCCUGAUCUCGGCAGGCCUGGGCCAUGAAGUCUUCUACAUCACCUGCUUGCCCUGUGUACACUGGAACCUGGACCCGUUCCUGUGCAGACGCCUGGUCAACAUGUGGACCCUGGUGAUGUACGUUGGCCAGGUGAUGAAAGAUUUGCUGAAGCUUCCCCGCCCUCCCUCACCCCCUGUCGUGAAGCUGGAGACACGUGUCGAUGCCGAGUACGGGCUCCCCUCCACCCACGCCAUGGCUGCCACCGCCAUCUCCUUCACGGUUUUGCUAAGUGCUCCCUCCAGGAUACAGUUCCAGUUUGAGGUGGGUCUGCUUAUCGCAGUGACGCUGUCAUCCUUAGUGUGUCUGAGCCGCCUCUACACUGGGAUGCACUCGGUUUUGGAUGUGGUGUGUGGCGUUCUAAUCUCAGGCGUCAUCUUGUUCGUCACCUACCCAUGUUGGGAAACCUUCGACCGCUUCCAGCUCCACAGCCCCAUCUCCCCCGUCAUGGCGUUAACUGUGCCCCUCCUCCUCAGCUACACGUACCCAGAGCUGGGCCAUUACAGUACCACGAGGGGCGACACCACCACCAUUCUAGGGUGUUUGGCCGGCAGCUCUGUGGGAUACUGGGUGAACGAGCGGCUGGGGCAGACUUUUGAGCCGCAGGGGGUAUUGCCUGUGCCCCUACCCGCACUGACGGCGGAGGCGCUAAUGGUGGGUACUGCCCGCUCCCUCGUGGGAGUUUUAGCAUUAGUGGGAACUCGGCAUGUAGUGAAAACCUCGAGCCUCUGGAUUUUGUAUUCCUGGUACAGAGUGCCAAAAACUGACGACAGUGCCAGGAGGAGGAGAGAGAUCGAAGUGCCGUACAAGUUUGCCACAUACACAGCUGUUGGACUUGUCCAUUCUAUACUGUGCAAUAGAGUUUUUAUCUUACUGGGGCUACUAUGACCUAAUAGCAUAAGACUGAUGAUCUGAGUGGAAGAGAAAUAUGUAUUUCAUAUUUAAAUUCAUAUUUAUUUCAAUGUCUAUCAACUGAACUUGUUUUUUUGCAUACCAACUUCUCGAAUACAAGCAACUUCCACGUGGAAUGAUAGACAAGAUGUACUUGUAACUGAGCUGAAUGCAGAUCAAAUAUAAUGUUCACAUAAUAAAGUUUUCAUAAUUUACUUACUCAAGUCUAA